CUUCCGUAAAAUUUCUCUUUGAGAAUCGACUCUCGGACCAAUAGAUCGGCUUCUGCAGCCACAAAACAAAAGAAAAAGAAAGAACAAAUGCGACGAUCCGAUUGAUGAUUGACCGCUUUGUGCCGCCCCACCAGCAAUGCGAACAGGCAGACCAAGGGGGGCAGGAGAUAGUUGGCAGCGGAAUUCUCUGAUGAGAGAAAUUGAAGCUUUGGGCGAAAUCGCAGAAGUGGAGCUCAGGCUGAGGAGCUUUGGCGGGUUCUCUCAUAGAGUUUCCGAAGGUUGCCAGAAGAUCGGUGGAGCUCAACCGCAUUUGACGUCGCUGAGUCGACUCCUUCCACCCCACCUUCACACGAAGGGACUCUCUGCCCGCGAGCUUUGACAUCCUUCUCAUCCUUUGACCCCUCCAGCUUCCCCCAUCCUCCUAUCUUCGUCCCCUGCAGAUGCUGCUCUGCUAGCGUCGCGAAUCUACCCAUUGGGUGUGAAAGAAUGCCCACGGGGAGCUCGACUUUGGCGCUGCUUUCGUCGACGUCAUCGUUCUAUUGAUGCUCCUAGGCCUAUAUACCUGGUCUCUCGCCGGCAAAUCUUUUCCAUCCGAUCCUGCUCCGUUCUGCUUGUGAUCAUGCGUCGCCAUGGCAGGGCCAGCGGAGGCCCGACCAAGGCCGUCUCGCCCUUGUCCGAUACCGUGUCGCUCAUCCAUUCCUUCGAUUCGGUCCUCAACCCCAACCGACCCGCACGACCCUCACCCUUGGCCUCCUCCCAUAUAAAAGCAUUGCCGCUCGAACUCAUCGAUCGUCUGCGCUCGUUUCCGUUGUUCCAGGCCACGCCCGAAUCCUUCUUGAUCGAGGUCGGCCAGCACCUGCGACCGCAGCUCCAUGCCCCCAACGACUAUAUCCUGACCGAAGGCGACGAUGCAAGGGCGAUAUACUGGUUGGUGCGGGGUGCCGUCUCGGUCACAUCACGCGAUGGCGAGAGUAUAUAUGCUGAGCUCAACCCGGGAGCGUUCUUCGGAGAAAUUGGCGUGCUGAUGGAUCGGCCACGCACGGCGACGAUCAUCGCUCGUACAAGAUGCAUGCUGGUCGUGCUCACAAAAGAAGAUUUCCGAAAUAUCCUACCACGCUUCCCUGAGGUGGAGCGGGCAAUCAGAGAAGAAGCGCAGGAGCGUUUAAUGAUUUUAGAGAAGAAGAAGAAAGAGACUUCGGCUCCUGUCGUGGACGAGCCCAGCCCCAGCCCGGUGCGGAGGGGUUCCAAGCGCUUGAGAGAGAGCUUCUCCAAAGAUUUGGCAGUGGCCGAGGAGGACUUUACUGUCAGCUCGAUCCACAAGAAACGGAAGUCACCGAGCCCAGGGCGUCGAGACCCUUCGAGCGCGUUAGCCAAUGGUUUGGUGAAUGUUCGUUUGUUGCUCAAAGAGCUUCCGCUGUUCAAUGGGUUGCCAGCCGACAUCCUCCACUUCUUGGGACUCAACGCUCAGCCAAGCUCCUUCCCACCAUUCACCGAUAUUAUCAAGCAAGAUUCUCAAGGCCGAGAACUGUAUUUCAUCGUACGUGGCGAAGUUGAAGUCGUCACUGAAAAACACGGACACAGUCAUGUGCACCACGGCCAACAGAAUGGCAUUCAUCGCCCGGAGGUCGAGAUCAAGGCCCGGCUGAGGCAAGGCCAAUAUUUUGGAGAAGUGGUUAGUCUGUCACUGGCGCCGCGUAGGACCGCUACUGUUCGAUCCGUCACGUCGGUUGAGUGCCUCAUGCUGAGUGGGGAGGUGCUGUCGAAAUUUUGGGAAAUGUGUCCCCAUGAUGUUCGCGAGCAAGUUGAACGUACUGCACAAGAGAGACUUCAAGCGGCCGCAGAUGGUGAUGUAAUCAUGUCGGAUGCAACGGACGAGCAGUCUCCUCUGGGUGACCUUGAUAUGGACGAUCGUAUCAAGAUAACGGCUGCUCGAAGACGCUCAAUGCCCCUGUUGACAUUGACCGAGACUGAGCUAGACGGGCCGCAUCAAUCCUCGCCCGUCGAGGAUCAGGAGGAAGCCGUCUUGAGACCUUCAGAUCCUGACCCCUACCUCAGCCUGGGGUUGGACAAGGUCCGCCUUCGAAGCCGGCGCGGCUCUUUGGCGCCAUUGACUCCGGAAGAAAUCACUGGAGAGCAACAACGUCCAAGUCCCACCGAAUCUCGUUCUGUGGGCUCCUCGUCUGAUCUUGCCCUUCCUGAGACAGUUGGGCUUUCAAAACCCCACCAAAAAGCACGUCCACUCGGUGAUGCCCAACACGGUAUCUUCCCUGACAGCGUACUGUUGAACAUAUUCCAAUUCAUGGAGCUUCACGAACUUCUUCGACUCCGUGGCGUCUCCUCUCAUUGGUCUGAGAUCUUAAAUACAUCAAACGAGAUCGUCCGUGACUUGGACCUCAGCAUAUACAAUCGUUGUGUGACGGACGACGUGCUUGUGAAGGUCAUCUGCCCAUUUGUCGGUAAUCGACCUCGGUCUGUCAACAUCAACAACUGCUUCCAUGUCACCGACGAGGGUUUCAAUGCGCUCGUAAAUACUUGUGCGCCCACGUCGACCACGUGGAGAAUGAAGAGUGUCUGGGAUGUGACGGCCUCCGCGAUUCUUGAGAUGUCCAGCAAAGCUGUCGGUCUCGAAGAAGUGGAGCUGAGUAAUUGCCGAAAAGUGGGAGACACACUCAUGGCACGGAUCAUUGGAUGGGUCGUUCACGGGAAUCAGAAGCCUGAGGGGAAAUCAGCCUCUAUCAAGCCAACUCUCAAAACGGCCGACGGCACGGUAUAUGGCUGUCCCAAGCUGAAGAAGCUCACCCUGUCCUACUGCAAACAUGUCACGGAUCGGUCAAUGCACCACAUUGCCUCUCAUGCUGCUAACCGCAUUGAAGAGAUGGACUUGACACGUUGCACUACCAUCACAGACCAAGGGUUUCAGUAUUGGGGCAAUGCACGAUUCACCAACUUGCGCAGACUCUGUUUGGCGGACUGCACGUAUCUGACUGACAAUGCUAUUGUCCAUCUAACAAAUGCUGCCAAGCACCUGCAAGAGUUGGAUCUGUCCUUCUGCUGCGCUCUCUCUGAUACUGCAACCGAAGUCCUUGCUCUCCAAUGCUCCCAACUGCAAUACCUCAACAUGUCAUUCUGUGGCUCGGCUAUUUCUGAUCCGUCCCUGCGAAGCAUCGGUCUUCACCUCCUGUCUCUCAAGCACCUAUCAGUGCGCGGCUGUGUCCGUGUUACCGGAGUUGGUGUCGAGGCUGUCGCAGAGGGCUGCCAUCAACUACAAUCCUUUGACGUGAGCCAGUGCAAAAACCUGAUGUCAUGGUUUGAAGAUAAUGGGCCCAUGCGGUACCAGCCACGGAUCGAGUUUGAGACUGUGGCUCACAAUAGACGGAACAUGAGGUGAUCCGAGCACUCGCCGUCGCUGAUUGUCUUUGAUAUCAAUUAGCUCCCGUAUCAUCGGUCCCCACGGCCUAAGUUCUCAACCUACCAUGACACGCCUACGGCAGUGGCACACUUCAGUCGCACCUAUCUUCCUUACGGCUAUGCAAAUUGCUAUAAUCGACUACAGCUUUUCAUCUGUCUUCACCGCCGACGAACAACCAUUAACUGCUUCUCAUAACGUGGGAGUUCGGGGGCUUUUAGGGUUACUUUCAUUCUUUGUUGUCUUUGCCCCGUAUAGAUUGGGCUUCUGACUCGUUUCUGGAUUUAGGAUUUGGGCUUACAGAUUUCUCUGGUUCUCGAGGGUGGUCGAGCAUGGCAGGAGUUCGAAGACUGACAGCAUCCUUUCGCGUGGCGAGCUUCGAUACUGAAUAAUCUUUGAUGUGAACUUUCUGUGCCUUAUUAUUACCGGCUAGCGUUUUGUAAAUAAUAUAUCAAUCAAAUUUUCUCCCUU